AUGUUACAACCACUACUCUUAUCACUGUUCCUGCUUCUUUGUCCAUUUUCAACAGAAUCAACCCCAAUCAACCCGUUUCUACACAUCCUCCGCUACCAUAACCCAUUCCAUCAUCUCACUGUAACCCAACCUCUGUACCGUUUCCCGGCUACCGCAUACUCUCUCCACAACCUGCUAUCACGCCAUCAUCAUCAAUGUUAUCAACCACUACCUGUUGUUGGCAAACCUCGCACGCGUACCUCUGCCUCUGUUUCUUCCGGCAACAACAUCCGCCACUGUCCAUCACCCUCAUCAUCAGACAAGCCCCUCCGAUUUCCCCUUCAGGAUGUCUACAAGAUUGGAGGAAUUGGAACUGUGCCUGUGGGACGUGUUGAGACUGGUGUCAUCAAACCUGGAAUGGUGGUCACUUUUGUUCCAUCUGGACUAUCAACUGAAGUCAAGUCUGUUGAGAUGCACCAUGAAGCUCUCACGGAGGCCCUUCCCGGUGACAAUGUUGGGUUUAAUGUUAAGAAUGUUGCUGUUAAGGAUCUCAAGCGUGGUUUUGUUGCCUCUAACUCCAAGGAUGACCCAGCCAAGGAGGCUGCUAACUUUACCUCUCAAGUGAUCAUCAUGAAUCACCCUGGUCAUAUUGGAAAUGGCUAUGCCCCUGUUCUUGACUGCCAUACCUCACACAACUGCCACCUUAGACCACCAGACCUCUUCUGCAGAUCCGCGCCUCCGUGA